GGCAAUUUGGAUAAAGCGCUGCAACAUUGCGACAUUGCUUCACCCGUGUUUGGUCACAUCUUCUUCUUCUUCGGGCAAAUCGCUCUACCCCUGAUCACUCAGCAGCACGCAGCAGCAGCAGCAGGCAGGGCUGCCGCAGGCCCAGCAGGAUGCCGGGGGGGGCAGGGGGGCACGCGGGACGGUCCCUGCUGCUGUGGCUGGGCGUGGCCAUACUGGGUCAUGCACUGGUGGCGCUCUUCGGUGUCCUCGAUCGCUGGUUGCAGGUCAAGCCUUCGCCGCCCCUGCCUGCCCUGCGGCUGGCGCUGCUGGUCAGCCUGCUGGCGCUGGUGAGCGCGGCGAUAGUGGAUGCUGCGGCGAGGGUAACAGGCGCGGUGCCGAGGGCGGGGCGGCUGCGACGGAGCGACCGCGAGCAGCAGUUUCUGCGGCGGCAGGGCAGCGGCAAGCCUGCGCCACCCAAGUGUUGUCGCAUCAGCGCCGAGGGCAGCACCUCGUGCCCCCAGCAAGCAGACAGUGGCCAGGUCGCAGAGGACAGUCACUUGGCUGCGCAGGCAGAUGAGGCCAGCGGGCAGCAGGCGGACGCAGGCGCAGCUGUCGGUACUGCCGCCGCCCCGGGCCCCUCCCCCUUCCAGCAGCCCUCCGCCCCCACCUGGCAUCGGCAGGACAGUACCUUUGUGCGGCGGCCCGGACAGCCACUGCCGCCGCGGCCGGAGCUGGCGCUGCAGCGGGGGCUGUCGCGCCGGAUCAUCGCCCCCGGCUUCGUGGACCCCGCGCUGGUCCAGCUGGUGAACAUGUUCACCGUGAUUGGGGUGGCGCUCUUCCAGCGCCUGCUACUGCACCACCACCUGCCCACCGCCAUCUGGCCCGCGUCAGGCGCCAUGCUGGGGGGCGCCGCCAUGGUCAUCAUCCCCACCAUUGGCGGGGGCCAGGCGACGGGGUUGGGUGACUGGCAGGGGUGGCUGGGGUUUGGGCUCUCGGUGUGCUGCAUGUUGUGCACGGUCGCCUGCUUUGUCAGCCUGCAAGCCUUCCGCCACCUGGGCUUCACCAGCCUGCAGCUGCAGUACUGCUACCUCGGCUUCUGCAUCCUGGUGCUGCUGCCGCUGUCGCUGCCCAUCAACGGCACCGACUGGUCCUGCCAGUUUGGCGGCUGGGGCACCAGCGACUGGGCGGUGCUGGCCCUCGCACCUGUCGUUUGCGUGGGGUCCCUCUCUGCCAUCCAGCACUCCACCUGGCAGCUGGGCGCCCCCACCGUGAGCAUGUUCUACGGGCUGCGCCUCAUCUUCUCAGUCGUCGAGUCCCAGCUCCUGCUGGAUCACACAAUCAUCAAGACGGGCGUGCAGAUAGCGGGCGCAGCCAUCACUGUGGCGGCGGUGACCGUGUAUAUGUGGCUCCAAUGGCGGGACAGCAAACGAGCAACGGCGCGCGCGGCGGCAGCUGCAGGCGACAAAGCAGCGGCGGCGGCAAGCGACGAUGCAGACGUCGAGGCAGCGGCAGCAGCUGAUGGGGCUUGUGGCGGCUUGGCUGAUGAGGGUGGCAGCAGGCACAGAUCUGGGGUGUCUACCUGGCCUAGAGUUGGCUCCACCUGCUCUAAGAGCCCCCACCUCUCGCUGCUGAGCUAUGCGCGUUUUUGCCUGGAGUUUAUGGAGCCAAAUGCCCCGGUCCUUGUUGAGGGUGCGACGGAGGGCUGGCGGGCAGCAGUCGACUGGGUUACCCCAUGUGGCGCAAUCGACUUCGACUUCCUGCGGCAGCAUUUUGGACAUGCGCAGGUCAUGGUCACAGACACUGCCAGAGAGCACGAGGGGAGCGGGCCCUGCCGGCAGAUGCUGCUGGCAGAGUACAUUGACUGGUGGCAGCAGCAGCAGCAGCAGCAGCAGCAGCAGCAGGAGGAGGAGGAGGAAACGAGGGCAUCCAGCACGUUGCUGACUCCUGGUCCCUUGUGGUACUGCAAGGACUGGCACUUGGCGGCCUUUGAUCCGCAGUAUCAAGCCUACCACUGCCCCUCCUUCUUCUUUGACGACUGGCUGAAUGAGUUGUACGAUGCCCGUGAGCAGCCGCAGCCGCAGCACGAUGUCAGGACAGCCGACUAUCGGUUUGUGUAUCUGGGUGCAAAGGUAGGAGGCUGA